CUUCAGGUCCCUCCCGUGAGCACAUUUGAGCAAGUUUCAUCUCCGACUUGUUGUGUUUCGCGUCGCUUCAUAUUGAAGAUCAAUUCCAAUCGCCGAGUAGUUCCCAGUCUCUCGACCUAAAUUACGCACAAGUGUCUCGCGUCGUAUUACUCGACCCCAGCGCCACGGCAUUCCCUUCCCAACCGAGUGCCUGUACUUUUUGACCCGUACUUCGUACCUGAGUUGACAAAUACACCCGAUCUUCAUAAAACUACAGUCUACGCCUCUCCUGAACCCACCCUCUUACACAACGCAACAAGCAACUCGAGUCUACAUACAGCUCCCGUACGAACUUUUUUUGCAACAAUCAACAUGUCCGACCACCAUUACAAGUUCAACGUGACUAUGACGUGCGGUGGCUGCUCCGGCGCCAUUGAGCGUGUGCUCAAGAAACUCGACGGCGUCAAGGAAUAUAACGUUUCCCUCGACACCCAAACCGCAGACAUUACCACCGCAGACUCGGUAUCCUACGAGACUGUUCUCGAGAAGAUCAAGAAGACUGGCAAGACGAUCAAUUCGGGCGAGGCCGACGGUGUCACAAUGGCUGUGUAGAGGACAACUGUUCAGAAUACACCCUACAUACGCAAGAGCGUGGAUUCAUCGAGGUUACAGGUCAGGUUACAAGGCGUUGGUAAAUGGCAAUGAACUGAAUACAUGGACGGACACAAGAUCUCAACAUAUACUAUAGCAAGCGCAUUUCCAAUCUGAAAUCAUCGACAUGGAAGGACAGUCAUUGUUAUUGUGUUCUUACUACUUCACAACUCCUCGUCUUGUAGCAAGGUUCAAUCAUGGCUCGGUGCAGGAAAACAGUCCUGUUUUCGGCACAUACCGUCUUUCUCUUAUCAGCCAUGCAAUUACCCAAGUUCUGAGACCUUCGGGAAACCAUGGUGAUGUCGUGCGCCAUCCUUCGUAAACAGGGUAUCAUAGAAACAAUUCAAGGUCGUGAACAACGGCAGCAUGCCAAGCUGAACUCUUUCGGAAGUGGUUCAUGAUCUCUGGAACACCGCCGCAAUGCAUUAACUAUGCCGCUCAAUAAAACUCUCAGGGUCACCCAUGCUGGCAAUGAAGGAAAAGGAAAGAAAUUUCAUGCGCGUGAAGACAUGCUGGAUAUCCUGAACGAGAAUGCCGAUGUUGAUGUUCGGACAAGGUUCGUGGCGAAUUAUUGGUGUCGAUUUCGUGACUGUACAGUGUUGACCUGAAGGGAAAAAGUCAGUAUCAAUGUCGCAAAUUGUGAACUAGGGGCUGCAUGUAAUAAGAAUAUUACCUUGGUACGAAGUCAACAUGGGCCUUCUCAAGCAUAAGAAAAGA